AUGGAGAGCCCUCAUGAACACCAGCAGACUGUGCUGCUGUCGCGUAUCAUUACCAAUGUGGAGAAACUGAAUGAGGCUGUCAUGGCCAUGAACAAAGGUCUCCAGGAGGUUAAUAUUCAGAACAUGAAUGUUGAAUUGGUGGCCCAGAUGUUCAAAAACUACCAGUCAAAUGUGCUUUUCCAUCUUGAGGCUCCUGGUUUCCGCACUGGCGCAAUCAUGACCAUCACCUCAGUGCAAACCCUCCUACCAGGUCAGGCUUCCACCAAUGGAGCUGGAAGACGUCCUGAAAAACCCUUGCCAAAGCUCUACGAUGUACAAGACUUCCAUUUUAAGGGCUACCAACCACCACAACCCGAUGGAUUCGAGAAGAGCCAGGCCCAUCCCGACACCAGCGCCAUCGUUAUUGACAAUGGCUCACAUCUCGUCAAGGCCGGUUGGUCUUUCGACAAGAACCCUCGAUUCAUCCUACCCCCCGUUAUGAGUCGUUACCGCGAUCGCAAGCUCAACCGCCAAUGCCACUUCAUCGGAUAUGAUGCCUAUGUCGAUGCCACGACCCGUGGUCAGCUGCGCUAUGGAUUUGAUCCUGGCUCCAGCAUCAUCGGUAACUGGGAUGUUAUGGAGGGCGUCCUAGACUACGUCUUUCUCAAGCUCGGUGUGGAUGGUGCCAACGGCGGCGUCGAUCGGCCGAUUGUCAUGACGGAACCCAUCGCUAACCUGGGUUAUCCCCGAAAAAUGAUGAAUGAGAUCUUGUUUGAAUGCUACAACGCGCCCUCUGUGACCUACGGAAUUGAUUCGCUUUUCGCAUAUCGCUACAACAAAGGAACCGAUGGCUUAAUUAUCUCCUCAUCGCAUACAUCAACACACGUCAUCCCCGUCCUGGGCUCGAAGCCUCAACUCUCUAACUGUACUCGGCUCAAUUGGGGUGGCCUACAAAAUGCCGAAUACAUGGCCAAAUUGCUGAAGUUGAAAUACCCGACCUUCCCAGCCAAAUUCACAGACUACCAGAUGGAGGAAUUGGUGCAUAAACACUGCUACGUCUCGAAGGACUACGAUCGAGAGCUGAGUGGAUAUUUCGAAUGGACGGGACUCGAAGAUCGCGACCAUGUUAUUCAGUACCCUUUCACCGAACACAUUGUGGUUGAGAAAACAGAAGAGGAACUCACUCGUAUUGCGGAGCGGAAGAAGGAGAGUGGCCGUCGUUUGCAAGAGCAGGCUGCGAAGAUGCGUCUUGAGAAGCUGGUCAAGAAGGAACAAGAGCUGGAAUACUGGAAGGACUUGCAAAAUGGCCUGGCCUCAGAAACCAAAAAGGAAAUCCGCCGAGUUUUAGAGGCUGAAGAUCUCAAGGACGAGGCUCAUCUGGAUCGAACGAUUCGCGAACUUGAGAAGUCGAUCAAACGCUCUCGCAACAAAGAUUUGGGCAUUGAAGAAAACGAAGAGCAGCAGGAAGAGAUGACAUUCCCCCUUCUAGAUGUCCCUGACGAGGAACUAGAUGAGGCGGGUAUCAAAGAAAAGCGUCACCAGCGGUUGAUGAAGUCCAACGUCGAGGCUAGAGCGCGUGCUAAGGCCGAGAAAGAACGCGAAAAGGCCCGUCGCGAGGAAGAGGAGCGUGCGGAUCGUGAGAAGCGGGAAAAUCACUUCGAGAGCUGGAUCGCCGAACGGCGCGCCAAUCGCCAGUCUAUCCUCCAAAGAAUCAAAGACCGCGAUCGCAUGAAGGCCGACCUUGGAAACCGCAAGUCCCUCGCGAGCCAGAUGCGCAUGAAGACACUGGCGAAUCUGGCUUCAGAUGGCCCCAAGAAGCGCCGACGUGGUGGAGAGGACGAUGACUUUGGUGCUAACGAUGAUGACUGGCAUGUUUACAAAACUGUUGCGACAGGCGAGCAAAGUGACGAGGAAGAAGAGGAGGAUCUCAGCGGGAUGCUCACCACUGCCGAGCAAGAGUUGCUUGAGUAUGAUCCCGAAUUUACUGAGAAUCACACUCUUGCCGCACAGUCCGAUUGGACUAAGAGCCUGGUUCACGCUUUCCUACGCGGUCCUUGGCCCUUUGACCCCGAGAGCCAGCGCGAAGCACACCAGAUUCAUCUGAAUGUGGAGCGCAUCCGUGUUCCCGAGGUCGUCUUCAAACCCUCCAUUGCCGGUGUGGAUCAGGCAGGCCUGAUUGAGAUGGCCGCCGAUAUUAUCAACCAGCGAUUCUCCAGUACCGAGGACCGCUCUCGUCUUUUGCGCGAUGUGUUCCUUACCGGUGGCAACACCCUCUUCACUGGCUUUGAAGAGCGAUUCCGCAACGAGCUCCGUGGGUACAUUCCAGUGGAGGCUGAACUGCGCGUGCGCCAGGCUUCAAAUCCAACCUUGGAUGCAUGGAAGGGUGCAGCACAGUGGGCUUCUGGAGGUGAUCUCGGCCGGUCCUCCGUAUCGCGUCAAGAGUAUCUCGAAAAGGGCAGCGAGUACAUGAAAGAGCAUGAUUUAGGCAACGUUACAUGGUAA